AUGCCUGGCAAACCCGCUGUGGCCACCAAAGUUCCAUCUUCACUGGGUCAGAAGAGAAAGGCCGAGACCGAGCAAAGCUCCCCCGUGAAGUUUAAACGAACUUCGAACACCACUAUCUCCCCUACCAAGGAGAAAGCACCAAAGCCUGGACCGUUGAAGCGAGCUGGUCCCAAGCCUGCUGAAGUUCCUGCGAAGACCCCGCCUAAGGGUUCAUUUGCUGAUAUUAUGGCCAAAGCUAAGGCAGUGCAGGAGAAUGCCCCUAAGAACUUUGGUGUGAUCAAGAACGGCGCUUUUGAGCGUACGAAACUCGACUUCCCAAAGAAAGGGAAGGGAAAGGGUGCCGUCGCCCACAACCGCACCGUGGCUGCCACUGCCAAAAAACAGCGAAUUGCAGACAGCACCGUGCUCCGACGUAAGCAAAUUGCGGAAAGCAACGUUGCGGAAUACAAGGGCACGGCAAAGCCACGCCCCGAAUCCUCUACAUAUCGGGGUACUGCAGGCCGGCCUGCAACUCGUGCACCCGUUAAUCGCCAGGUCAGUGCACGCGAAACCUUUUCUGGAUACGAAGACAGUUACGACGAUAACUACGAUUCUGAGUUCUCCUCCGAUAUGGAAGCUGGGUUCGAUGAUGUUGCAGAGGAAGAGGGCGCAGCUCUCAAGUCUGCCAGAAAGGAGGACGAGGAGGAACUUCGCCAGGAGGUGGCCGCCAAGAAGGCCAAGGAAGAACGUCGCAAGAGGUUGGCCGCGCUUGUGGCUCGUAAGCGUUAG